ACCGAUUACUACGACGCAAGGUGGUCGUGUCGCAGAUCGGACUCCGGACGGUGUGUUCGUAGUAAGGCACUGAUUCAUCAGACUAGAGCGGCGCGCUGAGUCAGUGUGGUGCGCAUUCGAGAAGUGAUGUUAGGUUCUGCCUUAGUGUGACCCUGGACUUUGUGUUGUAAACAAUGAGUGACCCAGCUGCUUUGGCAGGCAUGUUGCCUUUCGAUUCUAUCGGCCUCUACGAGCAGCCGAAACCACGCUUUAUAUUCAAGAUGCCACGUGUCGUUCCUGAUCAAAAAGGCAAAUUUGAAUCAGAUGAUCUCUUUAAAAGGCUGAGCAGAGAAAGCGAGGUCCGAUACACGGGAUACAGGGAUCGUCCCCCUGAGGAACGACAGAUGCGAUUUACCAGCGGCUGCCGCGAAGGGCAUACGGAGAUCGCAUUUACGGCCACUGGCACCAACCUGCAGCUAAGUUUCGACCACUCUCCUUACAAUAAUCGAGGUUGCGACUUCCAGAAAGAAAGCGGCAAGGUACACAUCGUCUCCCGGUUCAUAAUGAAUGGGGUUUGCGUCCGAUGGCGGGGUUGGAUAGAUCUGGAGCGACUGGAUGGCGUCGGUUGUCUGGAGUUAGAUGAGGAGCGCGCCGCAAUGGAGGAUGCAGCUCUACGCGAGCAAAUUGAGCGUUAUAACCAGCGACUGAGAGAUUUUGAGGACAAACAGCGGGCGUAUCGCGAGCACGGCGAAGAGUUACGUGCUCAUUCUCAUGUACACGCGCAACGUUGCCAUCAACCGCGGCAGCCACAGCAUGCCGUACAUCCUUCACAUCCUCAUCCACCACACCCUGUUCACAUCAAACCACAUUCACAGGGCGCUCUUAUCUCCUAAACUCCUUUUCCUACAACUCUGACAAAGCCAACAAAUCCCAUCAACUUUUAUUUACAAUAUUAUUUAGUUUUGUCUGUUAAUUACUACUUGGCCUACUUACAAGCACACUCCAUUUAUUGAAACAUUUUCCUGUAAACUUAUAAACCGACAAUACUAUUUAGUAGGUCAAAUGGUGAUUAUUCUGAAACACAAACCGACAACUAUGUGAACCAUUGUUGUUUUCAUUAUUGAAGACGUCUGUUUUGACCAUAAUAGACGUGUUAGUAGGUGUUAGAUUUGAAUGUCUUCAGCUUAAGCCAAUGACCUUAUCACCAAAAAGUAUUAAAUCUACCUUAUCACGUAGGUGGACCUAAGUUCAAUAGUCUUAUAAUGUAUGUCAAAAUGUGUUGCAAUGUUAGUUGUAAGUUAAUUAGUGUUAAAAAUAAAACAACAGCAACAACAUUUUUAACUUUUGAUGUUGUAUCAUUCAAUAAAUUUGAAAAGGCAAAAUAUAUAAAAAAAAGCAUAUAAAAAUC